AUGGCACCCAAACGCAAGUCUCAGGCCGAUGUGCCCACUCCCACUGGCAGCGGGGACAGCUCCAGCCGUAUCGCGCACUGGCUCAUGAAGGCCGAGCCAGACACGCGCCUCGAGCGCGGCCACGACGUGGCCUUCUCGAUCGACCACCUGGCCGCCUGCAAGACCACCAAAUGGGACGGCGUUCGCAAUCCAGAAGCACGCACCAUCAUGAAGGAAAGGAUGCGCACCGGCGACGACGUGCUCUUCUACCAUUCCAACACCAAGAUCCCCGGCGUGGCCGGUCUGGCACGCAUCUGCUCCCAAAGCUAUCCCGACCCCUCAGCAUUCGAUUCCAAUCAUCCCUAUCACGAUCCAAAGAGCGAUAAGGAGAGUCCAAAGUGGUGGCUCGUCGACGUCGAGUUUGUCGAGAAACUCGAUACGCUCGUUCCGCUCGGCUUGCUUCAGAAGAUCGCCGGCAAGGGCGCCGACAACAAGCCGCUGACAAAAGAGGAGCGCAACGACGUCGACUAUCUCUCCGACGAGGAAGUUCAGGCAAUCAAGGAUAUGGCGCUGCUCAAUCGCGGAAGACUCAGUGUACAGCCCGUGGAACAGCGCGCUUACGACGCCAUCCUUGCACUCAGUAGGAACCGAGGCUGGGAUCACUGGCCAGGAAAGUGGAACCCGCGCGCCGCAGCUUCAGCAAAGCCAACACCGGCUGCCAAGACGAAGCCCGAGCAGGACGGUGCAUCCGAGCCUGCAAAGCAAGACCGCAAGCCCAAGGCUGCGUCUGUCUCGUCCAAGCCAAGCGCCUCCAAGAAGGCCAAAACCGAGCCUGACACCGAACUCCCCACCGAAGGACUGAGAAGAUCCUCACGACGACGCAAUGCCUAG